AUUGGCUGGGCCCAAGGCGGUUGGCGCCGGCAUUUGCCAAUCAACGCCUGCAGGUCGCGGAUUCGCUCUGAUUGAUCGGCUUGCAACUAAAAGUAAAAUGUAUCAUCCGCCAGCCUACUUACUAGUUAGACAACGUUGUCCGACCGGUCAUCAUGCCCUUUCCACAUCUUCCGAUCAUUCUUUCUGCUCGGCGAAUGAGCCUUCAAAGUUCGCCAUUCGGCUUGGUCAACUGUGACCCGCUCACUGACCGAAGCUCCCCCUGCCCUUACAUUGCAGCCUUUGCGGAAGAUGAAGCCGACGUGGGGCGAUGGACACAGCCUCGCAGCCACUGAGCAAAGAUGUGCAUUUCUAUGACUCUUCCCAAAAGGCAGCAACGUAUUGUGAGUCCAGGCGAAACAGUUUUCCCUUUUUUCGCCUCUACCAAGAUCCCAACAUUCCAUACGUACGAAGGACUGAAGAAGUGCGUUCUCCUGUCAUCAUUCCAGUUCUCAUUAUCAGACUCAACGAAACCCCAUUGUAAGAGAUGGCGUGGGCAAGAUCAUUCCUGGGACACCUCAUUCGACCACAAAAAAACUCAACUAAGCAUACAUCUCCAUCUCCAAGAAGAUCCUUCAGCCCAAUCCCAAGCUUCCCAGGCAAUUCCACCCAGCCAUGAGCGCGUGUGCCGACUUGGCGCUUCGGUGGCGAACCAAAUGCCCGUCCCUGUCUUACCGGUGAAAAUCUUAUUGCAUCCCGCUGCCCCGUAUAGAGCAAAGCAUACUACGCUACACCAACUCACGCACUUUUUUUUCCGGUCCAGAAAAAGAAAACAAAAUCCUCCGUAUGCAAGUGGCAGGGAAUGUUGGCAAUCCUCAGCCGCCGACUUUCGACCCAACCAAGAUACAAGUAAACAUCCAACCUCCUGCACCAUGGUUCAGAUCAUGAUCCCCGCAUGGACGGACCCUGUCGGCGCAAAAGUUUGGUCGGAUCGGUGGGGUUCUUUUACCCUCCCACCGUUUCUUUCUUUCACCAAGUCGGAGGGCGGCUGGCUCCGUGAUUUUAUUGCUACACGUUGAUACCGGUUACUGGGUUCUUCGUUGCUGGGAUCAUGGAUCAAAGGAGCACGUAAACGCGCUGCGAGUCAACAAUUUCUUUGUGCGAUAGCCGCCCACUGUAUGCGCCAUGUGGAUUCGAUGCAUCAUUGGUUACA